CCACGCAAACCCUGGAAACUGCCUCUGUUUCUCAGGACUAGAACGGUGUGCUGAAUAAAGAGAAAGUAUCAAAUCUCUCAGUGUUGGGCAGUCGUUGCUACUGCCAGUGGCAGAAAAUUCAUCAUGCUCAUUAUAUCCAGCAUCAAAACACAAACCUUGUUUUCGUGGUCUGCUAUUAUAGUGUUACAUUUAAAAAUACAAGUUCAGUGAAAUGUAAUCCAGAAUGAUUCAACUCAGUCAUUUCUUCUCAGUUUAAAAGAGAUGCUGAAAUACAUACAUGAAAACCAGAGGCUGAAUCCUGUCUACCUUCAUUCAGACACAGACAUCAAGUUAUUUAGUUUUUGUGCCUCCAGUUUAGCAGUGACCUAUGAAUCCCUUGUGUACUGGAUCUAAGCUGUCAUCAAGCAAGUAGGAAGGAAGAUGGCAAAUGGAGAGUUUUGGAUUGUUUAUCAGUUUUUGCACUGGCCGAUAUCCAAUGAGCUCAAAUUUGGUUUCCUGGCAGCUGCAAUACUUCUUUUUAUAGUGACAGCAGUAAUUUUAGGAUGGCAAAUUUAUUUAUACUGUAAGCUCAAAAUGGACCUCCAAUUUUCUGGACACACCAAACUAGGAAAUGCUGAUAAUGGCGACUACAAAGAUGGAAGCACUGUGAAGGAAAAACAAAGCUUGAGUUAUUCUACAGCUGUCAAACUAGAGAAAGAGCCUGAGAAAAAAGGAGAAGAAUCUGAAAUGGUAAGAGGCACCCUUUCCCCAUCACCUUCAAGCAGUGAAAAUGAGAGCUUUGAAAUUCUGGAGGUAGACACCAAAGCAGAACAAGAAGAAAGCUCAAUUGGCCAACUAAGAUUUUCACUUCUUUAUGAUAAGGCAUGUACAGAGCUUGUUUUGACAAUAAUAGAAGCUACAGACUUGCCUGGCCGAGAUUUUAGUCAAAGUGCUGAUCCAUUUGUAAGAGUAAGGCUGCUUUUAGAACCACCCUCUCAACAGUCUAACAUUCGCUACAUCCUUCAUGAAUGGCAGACAAAAGUGGUAAGGAACACAAAGAAUCCUGUUUUUGGAGAUCGGUUUUCCUGUUCCAUAAAGAAAAAUCAGCUGAAGAGGAUAAUUAUAAAACUAGAGGUGAAAGAUUUUGACAAAUAUUCAAGACACCGUGCUCUGGGUGAAGUAAGGCUACUACUUGGUGAUUUAGAUAUAUCAGAAACAGUGGAGUUUUCAGAGCGCUUAAAGAAAAUUCAAAAGGAUAUAGUUGGAGAAGUCCUUCUUUCCUUAAAAUAUCUUCCCACAGCUCAAAAAAUUGAAGUUGGUCUACUGAAAGUCAAAACUGCUUGUCCAAGAAAUAAUGAUAAAGAUAUCUAUGCAAGUAUUACCCUUUAUUGCAAUCAUAAGAGACAGAAGCAUCAGAAAUCGUCACUGAAGGCCAAAUCAGAUGUCACUAUUUAUAACGAGACCUUUUUAUACCACUUGUCAGACCCUUAUUUUCAGCAGUGUGAAGUUACAGUUUCCAUUUAUGAAACAUACAAUAAAAAGGGCAGUGGCAGGCAUCUGAUUGGAAAGGCAUGCCUUGGGAAUAGGGAAGCUGGUGAUGGUACUCAUUGGAAUCUCAUGAUGUCAUGUGUGAGACAGCCCAUUGCCAAGUGGCACCCACUGUUAAUUUAAGGAUGUAAAAUACCAGAGUAACAAACAUGAUGCCAUUGUUUAAAACGGAACAUGUAAAGCCUGCCAUGAUCUUCCUGUGAGUGCACAUUCUGACUGCAUGACGAUUUAUGCGGCUAUAAACAGUUCGCGUUUUAAAGGCCCCAAAUAUUUCUGAUGCUAUAUGCAAACAUUCUUUAAAACCCAGGCAUUGACAGAUAAGGACCUGAAAAAGGUAUCAGUGCUUGAAAUGUGUUUAUUUAUUUAAUUAUUGUUAUGAUUUACUUCACUGGAUGCUCAGGAAACCAAAGGAACUGAAAUGAACAGUGAAUGUCAGUUGUAAACUUCAGAAGCAGCUAAAUAUUAACUUUGGAUAUGGUGCUUUUCGUAUUGUUGGUAAUUAAAAAAUCAUCCAGAUGUGCUCACAUUUGGUGAAAAUUAAUAGA